AUGGCCCCAACAGGUUGCAGCUGCUUCCCAGUGACACUCGAGCGAUCCAAAAAGGGUAGCUUCAAGUUUGUUAGGAGUUCCUCCUCUGUUGCUGGUUCAUCUAAAUCAUUUUCUUUUAAGAAAAGGAGCACCCAAGAGAAAAAAGCACUGAUUGUUUGCUUUGGGGAGAUGUUGAUCGAUUUCGUCCCAAUUACUGCUGGAGUUUCUCUUGCAGAUGCAGAAGGUUUCAAAAAAGCUGCUGGUGGAGCUCCUGCUAAUGUUGCAGUUGGAAUAUCAAGAUUAGGAGGCUCAGCAGCUUUUAUGGGCAAGGUUGGUAAAGAUGAAUUUGGAUACAUGUUGGCUGAUAUUCUGAAAGAAAACAAUGUGGACUAUUCCGGCAUGCGUUUUGACCCAAAUGCAAGGACUGCAUUGGCAUUUGUUACACUCAGAAGUGACGGGGAACGUGAAUUCAUGUUCUACCGCAACCCAAGUGCUGAUAAGCUUCUUCAUGAGAAAGAACUUGACGUGAAUCUCAUAAAAAAGGCUGACAUUUUUCACUAUGGAUCGAUUAGUUUGAUAGAGGAACCAUGCAGAUCAGCUCAUCUUGCUGCAAUGGACAUUGCCAAAAAGGCUGGUUGUAUCCUCUCUUAUGAUCCAAACCUGAGAUUGCCACUGUGGCCAUCUGCAGAGGCUGCUCAGCAAGGCAUUAUGAGCAUAUGGAACCAAGCUGACAUUAUUAAGAUAAGUGAGGAAGAAAUUGAGUUCUUGACUGGAGGUGAUGAUCCUUAUGAUGAUGAUGUGGUCAUGAAAAAACUUUAUCACCCCAAUCUGAAGCUUCUGAUAGUAACUGAAGGGGCAGCAGGCUGCAGAUACUAUACAAAGGAAUUUAAGGGUAAGGUUGAAGGCAUCAAAGCUGAUGCUGUUGACACUACUGGUGCCGGUGAUUCGUUUGUCGGUGCCAUACUCAACAGCUGGGGUUCAGACCUAAAUCUGUACAAGGAUGAAAAAAGGUUGAGAGAAGCUCUCUUGUUUGCCAAUGCAUGUGGUGCUCUCACGGUGCAAAAGAAAGGAGCUAUACCAGCAAUGCCCACAAAAGAAGCUGUCGACCAAUUUCUUCACCAAACCACUGCUUGAGAGGAUCAUAUAGGAUAACCAUUAGAUCAUAAACUUAUAUUCUUACACAAAAAAGGGGGAAAACAAAAAAUGAAAAAAGCAGAAGAAAAAAAAAUAGAUUUAUUCUUUUAAAAUAAAUUGGUUUCCAUGCUAAGGAAACCAGGUUUGAGGGAUGAUUGUGCUUGGAGGUGGACUCUGAUGCUAAGCUUCUGGUGGUGCUGCACAUAAUGUUGAAGCUAUCAUUCAUGAUAUCACGUAGUUGGGGUGUGUCAUUUUUUAUGAACAUUAGGAGGGCAGUUUGGGCAGGUAAUAGGGGUGGCUCAUGAGUUUUUUUUUCGGGUGAAUCGAGUCUAGGAUUUACCCUUCGCACCCCACCCUAUCUCAUGCCAUGGGUGACUCAUGAGUUUUUGGCUUUCCAUGCCUCUGCUAGUACUAAUUGGCUUGAAUCUCCCCAAUAUUGGGUACUUUCUUUUCUUUACAUGGAUGUAGCAAGCUGCAAUCUGUUCUGUUAUAUAAAUUCUUUCCAUCUUUUUUAAUCAUUUAAAAUCGUUUCUAUCGUUUGCUUCAAACAAAGAGAGGGAGGGGAAGCAAGGAAAUACCUCAAAUAGUUUCAGAGCAUUUAUCUUUGCAACCGAGAUCAUAUGUGAGAUUCUCCAACCCGAAUACCGGUUGUAUAUAAACAAAAACCAAAAAAUAAACAGGCAGAGGGGGUGUACUUUUAAACUAAGAAUAUGUUACACAUAACUAUUAGACUCUGAAGAACAUGAUAUUUAAAAACUUCUGCCAGCUAACUGACGACAGAUGCUCUGCAUUUCAUGCAAGCAUAACGGCUCAGGAAAUAACACUGGAGAAUUUGUCUUUGAAAAAUAAGAUACAUCAAGAUGAGAUAGUCCAAUAGUAUUUCGUGGUCAUAUAUAUAUGCAUCACAAUCAUUUCAAGAAGCCAAUUAAUAUGAUCCCUAUUACAAUACAGUCUUAUUGCUUGCAAAGCUCCAAUGCAGCAAUUUAGCGGAGCAACAAUCUAAUGCAGAAACCAAAACAAUCUAAAAACUACAGAAUUUUAUAUUCCUGCUCAGCCAUGGCAU